AUGGACUGUACCUUCAUGACACCCUGUGCUGUCGCAGGAGGUGUUGGCGUCCUCAGCCAUCUCCUGUACUUCAUCCGCGGUGAACAUCACAAGUAUGCGCAUCGAUGGAUCACCCGGAUCUUCGCAGGCAUUACUGUCCUGGCCGUCUCCGUCCUACGAGUGACUGAGUACCAGUUUUUACGUACACUCAUUCUCACAAUUCUUCUCUCGACUUCGUACUUUGUGGGACUCUAUGGCAGCAUUGGGAUCUAUCGGAUAUUCUUCCAUCCGUUGCGGAAGUUCAAGGGGCCGUUUUGGGCCAGGGCGUCCAACUUGUACCAUAUGUGCAUGAUUCGAAAGUCGGAUAACUACCUUGUUAUGAAGAAGUUGCACAAGCAGUAUGGCCCAAUCAUUCGGACUGGCCCUGCUAAUUUGUCCAUCAAUGAUCCGGCUGCUAUCCCUAUCGUUCUAAGCGACAGGGCUAAAUGUUUCAAGGGCCCGUGGUAUGAUCGAUCUCUGCCGCUUGUGAAUUUACAUACGGUGCGUGACAAGAAAGUUCAUGAUGCCCGGAGAAAGGUGUUCAGUAAGGCGUUUACUCCGACGGCUCUGCGCGAGUAUGAAGAACGAGUGAUGGUGCAUUGCGAGGAGUUUGUGAGGCAGAUGAAUCGUCUGAGCGGGAAACCGUUUGACGCGUCUGAGUGGUUCAAAUAUUUUGGUACAUUCUGCCUCUCUGUCUAUCCCCAAUCUCCUCAUAAUGCUCGAGUCUGUGCUUACAUUGAUUUACCAGCGUUUGACGUGAUGGGUGAUUUGGGUCUUGGAAAAGAAUUUCACAUGAUGACUACGGAGACGAAUCGAUGGAUUCCCACUCUCCUAGAAACCAGCAUGAAACAUGUCGGGCCCACGAGCCCUGUCCCUUGGAUGGCGCCCAUUUUGCACAAGAUGCCAUGGGCUGGAAAGGGUGCGCGGGCUUGGUUGGAGUUUGUCGGGUCACAGGUCAAGCAACGCACUCAAAAGAAGUCGGAUAAGCGAGAUAUUCUGUCCCAUCUAAUAGAUGCCUACGACCAGACUGAGAAGAAGGAUAUUGACUAUCAGUGGCUGCGUGGUGAUACCAGGCUGACCAUCGUUGGGGGUUCCGAUACAACGGCGGCAACGCUCACCUUUCUCUUCUAUCACUUGGCAAAGGAUCCGUCACAGGUCGAAAAGUUGCGAGCUGAGUUAGAGCCAUUGCUCAAUGGAAAACCUCAACUCGACCCCAAAGACGUAUCCAAGGCGCAACAUCUCAACGGGGUAAUCCAGGAAACUUUGCGCCUUCAUCCUGCUAUUCCGUCUGGAUUUCCGCGGGUUACUCCCCCAGAGGGUGUUACGAUUAGCGGGACUUAUAUCCCAGGAGGAACCACGAUCGUUAUCCCGUUAUAUACCAUGCAACGUGACGAAGCUAACUACGCGAAUGCCGAGGAGUUCAUUCCAGAGCGGUGGUACUCGAAGCCGGAACUUAUUAAGAAUAGAGAUGCUUUCUUGACGUGGAAUAUUGGCACAAACGGGUGUAUCGGCCGAGCACUGGCUCUUACGGAGAUGCGGAAUCUGAUCACUUACUUCAUUCGCAACUUCUCGACGGUCAGGUUUGCGCCGGGCGAGGACGGGACGAAAUUGGUGACUGAGACGAAGGACCAUUUUACUGUGGGCGUGAAGCCAUUGCAUUUGAUUUUCGAGUAG